AUGAAUAUUGAAGGUAGUCAUUAUAUCAUGUUUGAUAAGCAACAAAAAUUUUAUCGUUGUUAUUUUGCACCAAGAAAUAUUGGCCGACAUAAAAUCAAGUUCUAUGGAAAAUAUGACAAUUCACAAAGUGCAACGGAUGUGAAUGUAACAGUUGAUUCACAAUGGCUGAAAAGUGAAGGAUAUACAGAUCCAAUACUACGAAGGAAAAUCACAGUUGGUUCGAAAGAUGUUACCAUUUAUGCCAAAUAUGGUGAACAAUCAAAUUAUGAUGAACUGAUCAAAUACACUGUUCAAUGA